AACAUUCGUGUUCACAUGGCCUGUAAUGUAAAUACUUUACCAGAGAAGGCGAGCGAGAUAUGGGAGACUGAAUUCAUUCCCAACUCUUGUCCAUAUAAAGCGCAACUACAGUUGGAGAAUGUGCAAAAUGUGCGCGUGUUUUUACGAGAAAAUGUUGGAAGUAAAAUCAUCGGAGUUGGUUCUGUGGAAUCAUCAUUUCUCAUUCAAUGCUGUCGUUGUAUUCAAAGUUAUACAGAUCCAGAUUUUCCCGCUAUUUUAGUCUUCAUUGAGUGUUUGACUGCUUUGGAGGGUCCAAUGUGGCGUACUAUCCGUGAGCUUGGACUCUCCUAUCACUACAGUAUGCAUUGCGAUCCUGAAGAAGGUCUGAUGUACUUCAUAUUGAAAGUCCAAGCAAUAUUGUUCAAAGCAAGUCAUCCAGUUAAAGCUUAUGAGAAAGCCAAAGAGAUUAUGGACGGAUAUGUCACUGGUGCUGUUUCAUUUGAGAUAGUCCAGUUAGAAUCUGCGAUCAGUAGCGUAAUGUUUGAAGUCAUAUGUCAAGAAUCAGUUGGCAAUUUUGCUUAUGAGGUGACGUAA